AGUGCGACUCCGGCGGUGACGGUGCCCGCCGGUCUCCUCCGUGGAGAUGGUGCCGCCACGCGCCGCCAGAACGGUGACAGUGGUGAUCGUGGUGACGGUGGUGCUGGUGCUGUCGGUCGAAUCACUCGGGGAAGAGCUGGAGCGGGCGCCGCGCAUCAUCGAGCACCCGUCGGACGCCACGGUGCCGCGUCUCAGCCCGGUCACGCUCAACUGUCAGGCCAGCGGCUCCCCCAGUCCGCGGGUGCGCUGGACCAAGGACGGCCGUCCGGUGGCGCCCACCGCCCACCGAGUCCUGCUGCCCCGCGGCUCACUGUUCCUGCUCAGCGUCCGACGUCGCGACGCCGGCGUCUACUGGUGCACGGCCGACAACUACCUGGGCAGCGACACCAGUCGCAACGCCACGCUCCUGGUGGCAGUGCUGCGGGAGGAGUUUCGCGCCUGGCCGGUGGACACGGUGGCUGUGCAGGGCGGCAGGGCCACGCUCCAGUGCUCCCCUCCCAAGGGCGACCCGCCGCCCACCGUCCGAUGGCUCCGAGAUGGCACACCGCUGGACCUGUUCAGCGAGCGACGGUACCGUCUAGUGCGAGAGGGUGACCUGGUCAUCGAGAACGUGACCCGCGCCGACGCCGGGGAAUAUACCUGCGAAGCUAGAAACUACGCACAGAUGAAGCGACUUACCGAUAUGGCUCGUCUCUCCGUGAGAGCUCGGCCACGCGUCAGCACCACCAGCAUCAUCAACACAACCAGCACCACUACCAGCACCAGCGGCACCAGCAGCGACACCGUCGCCUCCACCACCACGGCUCUCCGCGGGGCGGCGCCGGCCGACACGGCGGCCCGCGCGGGAUCAGAGGUCACGCUACCGUGCGCCGCCUCCGGCCACCCGCAGCCGCUGGUGUUCUGGGCGGCGACAGGCUCGGAGAUGGUCCUGUUCCCCGGAACAUCGCAGGGCUCUACCAGCGUCUACAGCAACGGAACGCUGCACAUCAAGAACGUGCGUCGGAGCGACGAGCGGCUCUGGAGCUGUUUUGCCGCCAACGAGGCCGGCGCUGCGGUGGCGCGGGGUUAUGUGUGGGUCAGUGACACGGGAGCUGACCCGGGUGCGACCACUGAGGUCAGCGUGAGCGCGGGGCACGCCCGGCUGGUGUGUCCUGUGGAUGGCGCCGACGGCAGGACGGCGUGGAGCUGGGCGGGCGGACCGGUCCCGCAGAGCCGACGGCCCAGUGUGGAUCAGACCGGCCGGCUGACGCUGACAGGACUGGACGAGUCGGCGAGCGGCACGUACCGGUGCACAGUGACCACAGCAGAGGGACAGCGCAGCAGCGGUGCCGUGCGGCUGCGGGUCCGUGCUGACCGCACCGCCGUGACGUCACUGGUCACUGUGACGUCACUGGUGGCCAUCAACAGCUCGGCCGUCAGGCUGGAGACACAGGUGAGGUCCGGCGCGGCCGGUCCGGUGCACCUGCGGGUCCUCUAUGGCUCCGUGUCCUCCGGGAGGCUCCGAUCAGCCCCGCUGUCCUCCACCGGCACCGUCAUCUCAGGUCUGCAGAGCGACACUACGUACCGGUUCCUGGUGCUGCCGACCAAUGCAGGCGGGCCGCAGCUGCCCUCGGCCGUACGGCUGCAGCGCACCGUGUCAGAAGCGGCUCCGCACGGCCUCUCAGCUCGGCCGGUGAACUCUAGCGCCGUCCUCGUCUCGUGGCUGCCCCCGUCCGACGUCUCUGCCGCCGCCGUCGUCCGCGCCUACCGCGUACACCUGCGACGCGACGGACCGACGAGGCCCGACGACGACCGGACCAGCCUGCUCGUCGGAGCUGGGACGACACAGGUGACGCUGGGCGGGCUGCUCCGCUCGGCCCAGUACUCGGUCGUUGUGACAGCGGAGACGAAGGCCGGGCGCGGGCCCAGCUCGGCACCGCUGGUGUUCAGCCUGGCUACUACCCCGGCCCCACCGGCCGGGCUGCUGGGCAGACACUGGUUCCAGGUGGUGCUGGGCGCCCUGCUGACGCUGCUGCUGCUGCUGCUGACGGCAGUGCUGCUGGUCUGUCUGCUCAGACGGCGGCGCAGCAGGGCUCUCAGCAGAGCGGUCGGUGAGAAGCGUCCCGAGGGUCUGGCGCUCCUGCCGUCCGGGGUGCGGCCCGCCUCCUGGAUGGAGGGCGCCGCCUGGACCCUGGGCAAGGAGCAGCCGGUGGGCGAGCUGAGCUGCCGAGCUCUGCCGGCCUUCACCGAGCACGGGCCGCCGCCGCCGCCGUCCGUGACGGGGCCGUCACCGUACGCCACCACCGCGCUGCUGGACACCGCCCACCAGAGCACCGAGUCGAUGGGCGGCUGGGUGUGGCCGUCCGCCGGCUCCCGAGAGUCCCUGCCGCCGUUCGGUCGGCCGGCCCCACUGGCCGGGCGCAGUCAGUCCUCUGGGGUGCUGCUGGCUCGCGCCGGCCAUCCAUCCAGUAGGGGCGGCGCGCGGCUGUCGCACCUGGACCCCGGAGCGCUGGGCGCCGACAGCACCCACCGGUACGGCGGCCCGCCGGGGUCCGCCGCCGGCCCGCCGCCGCGCUGCGAGGGCUCCCGGUGGCUGGUGCACGCCUCCUGCAGCCGACACUCACUCGCCCCGGGCAGUGCGGUUCGGAUCGAGCCGCCGCGAUCGCGGUCGUUCGCGUGUCCCCCGCGCUCGGCCAGGCCCCACCAGAGGACGUCACACUACGUGUCGGCGGCUCUCUCUGAAGACCUGAGCGCCGCCUAUCGGGGCGACCCCAGAGACACCUCUCCGCAGUAUGAGAGAACUUUUGCAACGUGUGAUCGAUGAGUUGUUCAUGCAUCGUUAGUUGUCGGUGUAUUGUUGAGGACUGAAGUUGAGUUUGGUAUUGAUAUUUGAUCUCUCUCCAAAACUGAUCAUCCUGCCACUGUGGAUGGCGCAAGAGGCGAAGAUUGCUUAACGCAAACGACUUGAAUAAUGAAUUAAUUGCGAAUGUGUAUUUAAA